AGUUUGUCAGGGUGGCUCCAAAUUGGAGCGUGUGGAUGCGGCUAUGUUGCGUGGCUUACGGAAGCUGCAGGGCCAAAUCCUCUGCCGCAUGGCGUCGAGCGAUCGGAUUCCAUCUGCGGACCUUCAGCGUGGGCAUGUGUUCCUGCACAAAGGCGUGUAUUGCGAAGUCCGCAGCGCGCGGGCGGCCGGGCACGGGCGGUCAGCCACCGGAGGCUUUGAGAUCCGGUUCCGGGAGCUCCAGACGCGCAAGGCGCGGGAGAUGAAGCUGAAGGAGAACGACCGCGUCGACGUCAUCAACUGCGAUCGCGUAAGCAUGCCAGUGCUGUACAAGGAUGAGAAGUGGCUCGUCUUGGCGGACGCUGAUUACAAUGAGGUAGCAGUUUCCCGAGCCCAGCUCGGAGAUGCAGCGGAGAUGCUGCAAUCCGGUGAAGUGGUGUCCGUGAUGUACCACGAUGACAACAUCGUGAAGGUUGUGCCACCGCCCCACAUCGCUGAUGCUGUGCGAGAUGCCUACAGGAAGCAACGGCGGGCGCAGCUGGCCGCCAGGAGGAAAUCAGAGGAAGCUGCGGAUGACGAGCCGUAAACGGGCG